AUGAAAAAGACACUGAAAAUAAACGCUCCCUUCUCUCCGGCUCUCCCCUCAUCAAUUCCACCCUACGCAGCAGCAGCACAGGAGCUACUUUCUGCUCGUCCAGUCCCAUCUUCCACAGCUUGCAGUUGCACCUGGCAGUGGCACUGGCAGAGAGUGGUGCGCACCGCGAUUCAGUUUCACACCGCCCAUUCUCUUCCUUGCACGCUCACCACCAGUUUCGCAUCCGAGGUUGCUCGCCAAAGUGCCUUCUUCCCCCGGACGCCUGCCCUCCGAGGACGCCGGGAGGAACGCCGUCGCUCUCGCUCAACCGUGCCGGCUCAGAAGCAGAUAUCAGCGAGGAACCAGCAUGCCGGGCAGCCGUGCCGCGACCGUGUUGGACGACCUGCCGGAGUGGGGCUCGUCGUCGACGAGAUCCUCGCCCGGCUGCCUGUCAAGGACGUGUUCCGCUGCCGCGCCGUCCGGAGGUCGUGGCGCAGCGGCACAUCCACCUACGCCUUCAUCCUCGGCCACCACCGCCGCCAGCCCUCGCUGCCCAUCAUCUUGCACGACCAUGGCAUCAGCCGCGUCGCCGGAGCCUCCGCCUCCAGUGGUGAGAAGAUACGGCCCCUGCUCCGGUACGCAAGCCUCGAUAUAUGCAUUCGCCUCAUAACCUGUGAUGGGCUCCUCAUCCUCUGGCGGGGUUCAGAUUUCUACAUCUGCAACCCGGCCACCCGCAAGUGCGCCCCGCUGCCGCAUCCUCCACGACAACAGUUCAUCAGCCCCAUGACCGUAGUCGACGUGCUCGGCUUCUACCGGCACCAGCCAUCUGGAGAAUACAGGGUGCUCUGGGUGUCGUACGCCGCGCCCAUGGGGACAUUCGCCGCUGUUAAGGUUGAGCAGCCUCAUUACCUUGUCUUCACCGUGGGUUCGGACCAGCCAAGACGCAUCCAAUGGCCGACAGUUUCAGAAGAUGGGUGUCCUGCUGCCCGGUCCAACCAUCCACCGAUCCACCAUCGUGGUAGCCUGCACUGGGCAAUGGGUUGCAGCAUAACGGUAUUUGACACCAUAGCCGAAACAUUCAGGCAGAUGAGCCGCCCGGCACAAUUGGGCAGUUUCGUGUUAUUAUUGGAUACGGGCGACAACCUUGCUUUGUAUGUCAGCACCGACCAUGACCGCGUCACUUUGGAUGUUUGGGUCUUGCAGGACUAUGAUGCAGAGACCUGGGGGUUUCGAUACCGGAUUAACUUGGUAGCGAUGGAUGCAUCUCCACCGCUUAAGUUGUGGAAAUCUAUCCCUAGGCUGGCUGUGAUCAACGAGCGUAGUACUCUAGUAUUAUCGUUUCAUGUGUGUCAUGUUAUCUUGAACAUCGUGUUAAUGUAUGUUUUGAACAAUGGUGUGUCUACUGCUAUAAAGAACUGUUGUAUUGUUCUCCUGAGUUCACUUUCAAUUUGCAUUGUUAAACGAAUGGCAAUGUUGCAGCUUGAAAUGCUAAUUCCUUAGCGAGAAGUUAUGGCAUUUUAGUUGCUGAAAUGGUUACUUCAAGUACUCCCUCAUGCAGCUUAAUAUUUUGAUCUUUCAUGCUCAGUGCCAUCGAGUAUCUAUGCUCUGGAAGUGUUCUGAUGUUCCCCCCUGUCUACUUUCAUUUUGCACCGUUGGAAAAAUCACGGAAGGCAUGAUUGCAGUUUGAAAUGCUAAUUCCUUCACGAGUAGUUAUGGCAGUUUUGUUGCUGAAAUUGUUGGUUCAGGCACUCACUUAUGUAGCUCAAUAUUUUGAUCUUUCAUGUUCAGUGCACACUUGAUUUUGGCACCUGGACGCUCUUGUUCUCUGUGCGGAGAUUUUUUUUGGUUUUGAAAAGGAGGAUAACCCCCGGCCUCUGCAGUUCUUUGUGUGGAGAUGUCUUUUCUUAGGCACAUUUCAGAAACUGCAUGUGAUUUGGUGCUCAGCAGCAUAGUUUUAUUUCUGAUUGUUACUAUGGUGGCAAGUAAUUCGAUCACUGCUACCGCUGUUAUGUGUCUGAUUGCUACUUCAAUACGACUAUUUUUUUUUUGGCAAGGAUGAACUUCGUUUUCGGAGAAAAGAGAUUGGCUGUUGGUUUGUUUGCAGGGUUUUUUUGCGGGGUAGGAACAAGUUAUGAGCUCUAGUGAUUGACUUUCACUAAUUGGGAGCAAAAAGGUUGUAGUUUCUAUGACCAGGAUUUUUGUGCAAGGCUGUUCUUCCAUAUCUUUGUGUUUUUGUUAGUCAUAGUGGACCCUGGUUCGGUUGCUUCUAUUUUAGCCAAAGAAAAGGACCAGGUGAAUGUGCUAAUUUCCAGUUCAUCUUUAUCUGGAUGAAGAUUUUGUAGCUUACAUGGUGACAGUUUCACCAUGAUGUUUCCAUUAUAUUUAUCUAAAAAAUUAGUGAUAAUUAAGCCGAUUCAGAUGUAGGACUUGAACUUACAAAAUUUUAAUUUAAAAUUGAGAAGAAUAUGUGGGAACCAAAGAGCCUGGGAAGCACUUUAUGCUAACUAUGCAGCGCCUCCAAGAGAGCAUGAUUUCAGUCCCAUUGUUUGAGGCGCAGGAAGAAGAUGCUGUGAACAAGGAGCCUCCAUUCGUCAUGGUGCUAUAAGAUGACAGACUCCAUCUUAAUGAUUUCGACUAGCUGUUUGUUGUGCCCUUGGGAGUAUCUAUCCUGUAUGAACCUUGCUUUCUGUUCUGUCUUCUUACUUUUUAAUACUAGUAGAACCGAACACUUUGUAUGUCUGAAGUAGUGCCUCAUCACUUGGUGCUUGUUAUGCUAUCUUGAGCAUCAUGUUGACGUUGUAAACAAUGGUGUAUCUAUGCUAUUGCUAUGUAGAACUGCUAUAAUGUUCAUGUUCACCCCUGUUGACUUUCAGUUUGCGUUGUUAUUAUUAAGGCAUGGUUGCAGUUUGAAAUGCUGAUUCCUUCGUGAGAAUUUGUGGUAUUUUAGUUCUUGAAAUGGUUAGUAGUUCAGUUACUCCCUUCUGUGGCCUAAUAGUUUGAUCUUACAUGUUCAGUACACACUUUGGUCCUGCUGAUUUCGGCAACUGGCCGCUCCUGUUCGUUGUGUGGAGAUGUCUUUUACAUUAGCCAUAUUUCGGAAGCUGCAUGUCAUUUUGGAAGCUACGGUGGCAAGUUAUUUGAUCACUACUAUCACUGUUAUGUUUCUGAUUCCUACUUCAACACGACUAUUGUAUCUGUUUUCUGGCAAGUACAGACUUUGUUCCAUUGACUUCCAACCAUUUGGGAGAAAACAGCUUGGCUUUUGGUUUUGUUUGCAGGUUCUUUUUGGGGGGGGUAGUAUGAAUGAAUUAGU